AUGGCGGACUCACUGGGCUCAUCAAUGAAGAAGUUAGACCUAAAAGGCAAAGACUUCGAUCCUUCGGCCUUCGAUGCUCGUCUCGCAGACGAAGAGAAUGGCGAGAUCGAGAACUUCCAAGCUCGGAAGCAAGCUCCUCAAAGUGCCCAAGAGUUGCUAACAGAGCUUGAAAAUGAGUUUCUGAAUCCAUCAGACAAAUUCAGCACUAAAUGGCUGAAUGACCUCCAAAGACGAUGGGACGUUUCGACAGAUUACGCAGACCUCUUCGAACUCGCGCCAACCCAAACACGGACGGUGACUCGUUUCACGCGAGAGGGACUGGAAGGACGCGUUACUGGAUAUCAAGAGGUCACUGUUCCUGCUGCAAGUGCAACAGCCAAGAACUCCACCUCGCUUCUCCGCCGACCUGCUGGCCGCGCCGAGUUUGUUUCUUUCCUUUCGCCCCCGGGGGGCUUGGACGCCAUCGAGGCCUUGGCAGCAAUGGAGGCCGAGGAUCAGGUCACAGAACAGAAGAACGGGAAACAAUCUGGGCUCGAUCGCAUUAUUAAUUUUGGCACCGAGGGAGGUCUUCUGACCACACCCCCUGGCUUCGAUAACGGUGUUGAUUUCGAUGAAGCCAAAUCCAAAGACGCCACCGAAAGCGCCCAAGAAGUCGAAACCGCCCUUCUUCAAGAGGACAGCGACCUCAAAGUGGAUCAACCCGAGGAAACUGCGGAUGUCGAUACAGGAGCAAAGGCCGAGCUUGACGAUGUUAGCGAAGAUGAAGAUGAAGAAGAUAUUGACGCUUUGCUACCGGUUGAGUUCCCGGCAUUGGAACCGCGUAGCCAGUUGCUCGCAGGAAUCCACAAGCAAAAGAAUAAAGAAUGGGCCCACGUUGUCGACAUCAACAAGGAUAUUCCGAACUUCAAUGAAUUGGUUCCCGAUAUGGCCAGAGAGUGGCCAUUUGAGCUCGACACUUUCCAGAAGGAGGCUGUUUACCAUCUCGAGAAUGGUGAUUCAGUGUUUGUUGCGGCCCAUACUUCCGCAGGCAAGACAGUUGUGGCUGAAUACGCAAUCGCCUUGGCUGCUAAACACAUGACCAAAGCGAUCUAUACGUCUCCCAUAAAAGCUCUAAGCAACCAGAAAUACCGUGAUUUCAGAACCGAAUUCGACGACGUCGGUAUUCUGACCGGUGAUGUUCAAAUCAACCCGGAGGCCAGCUGUCUCAUCAUGACCACUGAAAUCCUGCGAAGUAUGCUGUACCGUGGCGCUGAUCUCAUCCGCGAUGUUGAAUUCGUCAUUUUCGACGAGGUGCAUUAUGUGAAUGACCUCGAACGAGGAGUGGUAUGGGAAGAAGUCAUCAUUAUGCUUCCGGAGCAUGUCACAUUGAUUCUUCUCUCUGCCACUGUGCCUAAUACCCGGGAGUUUGCAUCCUGGGUCGGUCGUACAAAGAAGAAGGACAUUUAUGUCAUUUCAACCCAUAAGCGACCUGUCCCACUGGAGCACUAUCUCUGGGCCGGGAAGAGCAAACACAAGAUCGUCGACUCUAACAAAAGAUUCCUUGAAAGCGGCUGGAAGGAAGCGAAUGAUAUCUUGUCCGGCAAAGAUAAGGCCAAAGCUAUGAAGGAGGCCGAAGCUCAGGCGCAGUCGGCGCAAGCUAGAGCACCAGUCCCUCAGGGCCGGGGACGCGGUCAGCCAUCGAAUAUCAGAGGUGGCCGCGGCGGCCCACAGCGUGGAGGUCCACGAGGAGGUCCACGAGGAGGUCCACGAGGAGGUCCACAACGAGGUCGGGGACAGGGCGGCGGACAGUAUACCAACCGAGGAACAGGCAACAUUGCUCGUACAGGCCGUGGUGGUGGUCGUACAAGUGCGGCCCAAGACAAAAACACCUGGGUGCAUCUUGUUUCGCAUCUUCGCAAAGAAGACUUGCUGCCGGGAUGUGUUUUCGUUUUCUCUAAGAGGCGAUGCGAGGAGAACGCAGAUUCAUUGUCAAAUCAAGACUUCAGCAAUGCUAGCGAGAAGAGUUUGACACACAUGUUCAUCGAGAAGUCACUCACCCGGCUGAAGCCCGAGGACCGCACGCUACCACAGGUUCUUCGCCUUCGUGAGCUACUAAGCAGAGGUAUUGCUGUACACCAUGGCGGUCUCCUGCCCAUCAUGAAGGAGGUUGUUGAGAUUCUUUUCGCUAGGUCUCUUGUGAAGGUUCUGUUCGCCACAGAAACUUUCGCGAUGGGUCUGAAUCUUCCCACCCGAACUGUGGUAUUCUCCGGGUUCCGCAAGCACGACGGCAAAUCCUUCCGUGACCUCCUGCCCGGCGAAUAUACGCAAAUGGCGGGACGUGCUGGUCGUAGAGGUCUUGACACGGUGGGAUAUGUUAUCGUGACAAACAGUGGAAAGGACGAGGCCCCAUCUGCUGCGUCGCUGAAGCAGAUGAUCCUUGGAGACCCGACAAAGCUAAGGUCUCAAUUCCGACUGACAUACAACAUGAUACUAAAUCUGUUGCGUGUGGAAGCCCUGAAGAUUGAGGAAAUGAUCAAGCGGAGUUUCAGUGAAAACGCAACACAAGCUCUCUUACCGGAACAAGAGAAGCAAGUACAGGUAUCUGAGGCCAGUCUUGCGAAAAUCAAACGGACACCAUGUGAGAUCUGUGACCUGGACUUGAUGGCUUGCCAUAAUGCCGCCAUGGAAUAUCGAAAGCUCACAGCUGAAUUCCACACCGAACUGCUAUCAUCGCCUGUCGGCAAACGUCUUUUCACAACGAAGAGAUUGGUUGUGUACCGCAAGGACGGACAACGCACUGCUGGUGUUAUUACGCGCGACGGGGUUUCCGCGGGAGUCAUCGGGGCAGUGCCUUGUAUCCAAGUAUUUGAGAUCGGAACCUUGGAUAACAAGCGGCACCCCACCGAUAUUCUUCCAUUCUUGCCUAUGUUCCGACCCUACUUCCAACCACUCCCUAACCGCGUCGAUGACAUGAGCCUUCGAGUAUGCAAGAUCCCAUUGUCCGACGUUGAGUGCGUGACAAACACCCUGGUUAGGAUCACAAAACCAAUGUGGUAUCUAAACAUCAAGAAAGAGUCAACCAAGUGGGCUGAAAUUGAACUGUGCCAGUACACCAACUCCUGGAUCCAUACGGGUUGGGGUGAGAUUGACUGGCAGCGCAUCAAAGAGAUGGAAAUUCGCGAUAUCCUCGACAAACGACAAGCUCAGGCAGAGAUUGCUCAGUCAUGCCACUGCCUACAAUGCCCUGAUUUCGUGAAACAUUUCGAGAUGCAACAUGACGAGUGGCAAGUUAAAGAAAACAUCUCGGAGUUGAAGCAACUAAUGUCCGACCAAAACCUUCAACUACUUCCAGAUUAUGAGCAGCGCAUUCAUGUGCUGAAGGAGCUCGGAUUUGUUGACGAACAAUCUCGUGUGCAACUGAAGGGCAAGGUGGCAUGCGAGAUUCACUCCGCCGACGAGCUGGUACUGACCGAAUUGGUUCUCGAGAACGUUCUUGCUGAAUACGAACCGGAGGAGAUUGUCGCACUCCUCUCUGCAUUUGUGUUCCAAGAGAAGACAGAAAGCACACCCACCCUCACUCCUCGUCUGGAGAAGGGCCAGAAGGAGAUCGUUCGUAUCGCCGAGAGAGUUAAUGAUUUCCAAAUCCUGCACCAAGUCAUUCAGUCAAGUGAAGAUUCCAACGACUUUGCUAGCAAGCCCCGCUUUGGUCUCGCCGAAGUUGUCUAUGAGUGGGCCAAGGGAAUGUCUUUCAAUCGCAUCACAGACCUCACCGAUGUGAUGGAGGGUACUAUUGUUCGGGUGAUCACCCGACUGGAUGAGACUUGUCGUGAAGUGAAGAAUGCGGCCAAGCUGGUCGGCGACCCAGCACUUCACACUAAGAUGCAGAAAGCUCAGGAGUUGAUCAAGCGCGAUGUCAUCUUCGCGGCCUCUCUUUACAUGUGA